GGGUGCUAUUAUUUUGCUAAGGCUUUCCUCCGACCGUGUUCUUUAUUGUAAUCGCGUGCUCUAAUAACCUAUCCCAAUAUUUCCAAAUUCGAUUAUUCCUUUUAUAAUUCCAAAUUCGAUUAUGCCUUCAGUCAUCUAUUUCCUUUUUUUCUCUCUCAGCUCCUUUUUUUUUUUUAAAACUAGUUGUUCCUGUUUUGGCUUUUUAGCUGGUUUGAAACAUCAAGCUAUGACCGAAUUUGCGUCUCCGGUCCGCGUGGAAGUUUUAACUCAGUUGCAAGCCCAUGGCAUUGCACCAGAAUAUAUCACCUACCCCCGUGUAACCCUCACCUCUGCCUCUCGUCUGUGCGUGAGGCACAGGGACUCUUCCCGGCACUGUCUUACCCUCUUAGAUCCCCAUACAUCUCCUAAGGAAGAUCGGGCUCCCCCAAGCUGGACAUUACAUCAAGUACAAGGAGCAUUAGCUAACCCAACUUGUCCACUUCUGGCUGUGAGAGCAAGGCAGCUGGCCCAGGUGUAUGAUGUGGACCAGCGUUCCUUAAAAUCCCAGUGGGAAUUUUCCCACCCUAUUGAGCACUGGGUCUGGCUAGAUGCAAGUACUCUAGCUGUGGUGACAGAGGAAGAAGUGCUGCACUGGACCAUCCAGCGUACCAAACCAAGACGUCAGUUUAGCAGACAUGAACGACUCUGGGGCAUGGAGGUGGUAGGGUACCAACAGGAUGCCAGUUGUAUAUGGAUGGCUCUCUCUGCUCUGGGGCUUGAGCAGGGCCAGGUUGUAGGUUUAACCCAGCUUUAUUGGCGAGGGGGCCAGCUAUCUCAAGUCAUAGAAGCCCAAGCAGUGGCCUUGCCUCAGCACAGAUUUUCUAGGAAUCCUCAGCCUUCAGCAGCUCUCUUGGCUGCUGUGCGGAGAGGCCAGGAACGAACUGGGCAGUUCCAUGUGGUGGAGCUGGGCCCCCAUCAGCCAGGGAAUGCAGCCUUGCUCAGUGCCCGGGGCAACUUACCCUUCAAAGGAGCUCGGCCCGGUGACUUUCCUAGUGCUGUACAGUUCCUGCCCCACUUAGGUGUGGCAGCAAUUCUUACCAAACAUGCCUUGCUCUUCCUUGCGGAUGUCGAGACAGCACAAGUCAUCCAUUGUGUCCACCUGGCAUGGGAUAUCCUGUUUGCCACUGUACUUGAUGAUGAUAAACACCACAGCCUGCUAGGAAUCUGCCGUAGCGGCAAGGUUCUGUCCAUCUCCAUCUGUCCCUACACACUGUGCCAGUAUUUAGCUCGUCGUCCUGCCAGCCUCUACCUCUCCCAGCGGGUGCUGCAGCUGGUGGGCCAGGUUUCCUGAUCCAGGAAAACCUGUUCUCAUUGACUCAAAUAGAGGGGAUGCGUGGAAUCUAUGGUGCUAAAAGGAGUGUUCUACCUCACAUGGAUCCCAUGGGAUGGAGAGGGACAGCCUCUCAAGGGAGGGAGGAGGGGAAGUUGUGUCUGUACCAGCAGUAGGUGGAGUUUGGUUUGCUGAGCUGCUAGGACACUGGGGAAGAAAAGAUUGACAAUUCUGUAGGGAAAUAUGAUUUCUAUAAAUAUGAUUUCUGUUUUUGUAUACUGGGCAGAUUUUAUAUAGAGAGAGAAAAUGCCCAUGGUGGGGAUAUUUAUCCAGGAAGAGGACAUAGAAACGUGACUCUAGAGCAGGUUUCUUUGCCCACUCUAUAGUCUUGGUUUCUUACCUGCCCUGGUUCCUUUUUAAAAGUGAUGCUGGGUGCAAGGGAGCUGUGCCUCUCUCUUGUUUGUAAAGAAGACUGUCACAAGUGAGGUGGAGAGAGUCUUUCCGUCAAUAUCCAUGUGCUUCCCACCUGCUGUGCCAUCACCUGCUGAUUUGCCAUUGCUUUGAAAAUAAAAGGAAAUUGAAUGGUU